CUGGCACUUUGAACUUAAUUAAAAUCAGUGAAUUAAAAUUAUGUACAAUUUAGUGCGACACAAAUCGCGCACUUCUAAUGUCGAAAAGAAACUGAAGCGCAACAGUAUGCCAAAGUGAGUGAACGAGCUUCGUAGUCGGCGAAGAUCAACAUGAUGGAUUUUCUGGAAAGUGUCUAUGUCCUGGUAACAAGUCCUAGCCCCAAUAAGGAAGGCUACAAAUAUCUACCCUACCAUGGCGCCCUUCUGCCAGUUAUCCUCGUCGAGAUCGCAUACGUUUCAUUUGUUUUCAGAAUAGGACCAUGGUUUAUGAAAAAUCGAGAACCCUACAAGUUGACGAGCGUGUUGCGUUACUACAACAUAAUGCAGAUACUUUUCAAUGCUUUCAUGGCGGUUUGUGGCAGCUACUUGUACUUCUACAAGAAAAUCAUGCCCUUUGGUUGCAUAACCGCGUUAUCUUCGGAGCAUCCGCUCAAGUCGAUAGAAAUGCUGGCCAGUUUUGCUUAUUUAAUCAACAAGUUCCUCGAUCUUUUUGAUACAAUAUUCUUUGUGCUGCGAAAAAGCUAUAAGCAAGUGACCUUUCUCCAUGUCUAUCAUCACAUCUUGAUGACCAGCAUAUCAUUUAUUUAUAUACAAAUUAUGGGCAGUGGUGGACAUGCUGCCAUCACCGGCAUCAUGAACUCCAUUGUGCAUGUGAUAAUGUACGGUUACUACUUUGUGAGUGCCUCCAGUCCCAAUGUGAAAAACUCGCUGUGGUGGAAAAAGUAUAUUACGCAAAUACAAAUUGUACAGUUUGUUUUGGCAUUAAUUCACAAUUUGUGGCCACUAAUUGUCGAUACGAACUGUGCUGUGCCGAAAAUAUUCUGUGUGUUCUCUGUGAUACAAGCCGUAAUGAUGAUUUACCUCUUCGGUAGUUUCUAUAAGAAAAGUUAUUUGGAUGCGAAGAAGAAAGUUCAGAAGAGUAAGUAAUCUAGAAGGAUACUAUUAUCUACAUACAUAUGUGUACUCGUUACUUGAGUGCAGUCGAUUCCUUGUAUUUGUACUUAUCAUUUCGUAAAUUAUGUAUAAAUAUAUUUAUACUCAAUUAUGAGUGAGCAAUUUUGUAAAAUACAUUUACGAUUCAAAUAUUACAAAGAAAA